GUGCUGGUGCAGGAGCUGGAGCAGCACCAGUUGCUUCCUAAAAGGUUGGAUUGGCAAGGAAAUGAGCAUUAUAGAAGUUACGAAGAAUUGGUGCUCUCCAACAAACAUGUGGCUCCAGAUCAUUUAUUACAAAUUUGCAAGAGGAUUGGCCCUAUCCUGGAUAAGGAGAUCCCACCCAGCAUUUCCAGAGUCAAUUCCUUGCUUGGUGCAGGGAGACAGUCAUUGCUACGGACAGCAAAAGAUUGCAGGAACACUGUUUGGAAGGGCUCUGCAUUUGCUGCUCUCCACCGAGGAAGACCCCCUGAAAUGCCUGUGAACUAUGGCACCCCCCCAAACCUCGUGGAAGUGCAUCGAGCAAAGCAAUUAACUGGAUAUGCCAAGUUCAGCACCUCAUUCCCAGGAAGCAUGUACCAGCAUGUCAAGAUGCACAGAAGGAUCCUUGGCCAUCUCUCCUCUGUGUACUGUGUUGCAUUUGAUAGGACUGGACACAGAAUAUUUACUGGUUCAGAUGACUGCCUGGUGAAGAUCUGGUCGACUCACAAUGGCAGGUUGUUUGCCACAUUAAGAGGCCACUCAGCAGAGAUCUCUGACAUGGCAGUGAACUAUGAGAACACCAUGAUUGCAGCCGGGAGCUGUGACAAAAUGAUCCGGGUGUGGUGCCUGAGAACCUGUGCUCCAGUGGCUGUCCUGCACGGGCACACAGGGUCCAUUACCUCCUUACAGUUUAGUCCAAUGGUGAAAGGCUCCAUGAGGUACAUGGUCUCCACUGGUGCAGAUGGAACUGUUUGCUUUUGGCAGUGGGAUACAGAUUCCAUGAAAUUCAACAACCGGCCACUGAGGUUCACAGAGAAACCCAGACCAGGGGUCCAGAUGCUUUGCUCUUCCUUCAGUGUGGGUGGUAUGUUUUUAGCAACUGGCAGCACUGACCAUGUCAUCAGGAUGUAUUUUUUUGGCUCUGAAACACCUGUGAAAAUAGCAGAAUUGGGAAGUCAUGCUGACAAAGUUGACAGCAUUCAGUUCUCCAAUGGUGGGGACAGGUUCAUAAGUGGCAGCAGAGAUGGAACAGCCAGAAUCUGGCAUUUUGAGCAGGCAGAAUGGAGGAGUAUCUUGUUGGACAUGUCUGACCGAUUGCUGGGUGACACUUGUGCAGAAGAGGACAAAUUCAUGAAGCCCAAAGUGACCAUGAUUGCCUGGAACCAAAAUGACAAUUAUGUUGUUACUGCUGUGAACAAUCACCUGCUCAAAGUGUGGAAUUCCUGCACAGGGCAGUUGCUCCAUGACUUGGUGGGCCAUGCAGAUGAGGUGUUUGUCUUGGAGACCCAUCCCUUUGAUUCCAGGAUAAUGCUGUCUGCAGGUCAUGAUGGCAACAUCUUCAUCUGGGACAUCACCAAAGGCACCAAAACCAAGCAUUACUUUAACAUGAUUGAAGGCCAAGGCCAUGGGGCUGUUUUUGACUGUAAAUUUUCCCCAGAUGGGCAGCAUUUUGCAUGUACAGAUUCCCAUGGGCACCUGCUGAUAUUUGGGUUUGGCUGUAGCAGGCCCUAUGAGAAGAUUCCUGACCAGAUGUUCUUCCACACGGACUAUCGGCCGCUGAUCCGGGACUCCAACAACUACGUCCUGGAUGAGCAGACCCAGCAGGCCCCUCAUCUCAUGCCUCCUCCCUUCUUAGUGGAUGUGGAUGGAAACCCUCAUCCCACAAAAUAUCAGAGACUGGUGCCAGGAAGGGAGAACUGUGCAGAUGAACAUCUGAUUCCUCAGCUUGGAUAUGUGGCAACAAGUGAUGGAGAAGUGGUGGAACAAGUGAUUGGCCAGCAGACCAUUGAUCAGGAUGAGCAGGGCUUGGAGCCCAGCAUCCUGGAUGGGAUGAUCAGACAGUUACAGCUGGAGCAGGAUCAGAGAACUGGAGCUGAUCAAGAAUCUGCUUCAAAUGCCCCACAAAAUGGGGAGGGAACACCCAGAAGAGCUUUCAGGAGGGCGAGUGUGGACAUCCAGAGCCCCCCCAACAUCGGGCUGCGGCGCAGCGGGCAGGUGGAGGGCGUGAGGCAGAUGCACCAGAACGCCCCACGCAGCCAGAUGGCCACAGAGAGGGACCUGCAGGCCUGGAGGAGGAGGGUUGUGGUGCCAGAAGUCCCAGCAAGCCUGCUCAGGAAGCAGGAAGAAUAUCGGACUGCAAAAGGGGAAGAAGAGAGAGAUCUUUAUGUAACAGAGAAGAUAAAGUCAUUUGAGUCAUUGGAAAAGAGUGACUCUGAGUCCUCAUUAAUCCAAUCAAAGCGCCGACUGCACAGACGGAAAUAUUCCAAUUACCGAACCCGGAAUAACAUUGAACAGCUGGAGUCUUCUGAUGAGGAAAGGGACAACUGCUUGGGCUUGAUAGACCAGGAAGCUGAAGAAAGUGAGGGCUCUGGCUCGUCAGAUGAAGAGGAAGAGUGGAGAAGUGACAAGAAAAGCAACAGUAAUAGUUCUAGCGAUUCCUCGAGCAGAUAUUCCGACUGGAUCGCGGACGCCGGGAUCAACCUGCAGCCCCCCGUGCGGACCUCGCGGCGCCAAGCGCUCAGGUACUGCAGCACCUCGGAGGAUGAGGUGUCAACAGAGAAAUCAUCCCCUCCCAAGAGAAGAAGGAGGAAAAGGAGAAAAAAACCCAAACCAAAAAGGCAGGAGGAGGCUGAUGCUGCAACACAACCAUUAAACAUGGAAUUGUCCCAUGACUGGCACCCUCCAGUUUGGAUAACAGACACAGCUCUUCGGAGAUCCCCCUUCGUCCCUCAGAUGGGUGACGAGGUGAUAUAUUUCCGACAAGGGCACGAAGCUUACAUUGAAGAAGUGAGAAGAAAUAACAUUUACGAACUGAAUCCACACAAGGAGCCGUGGAGGAAAGUAGUGCUGAGGGAUCAGGAAUUGGUAAAAAUUGUUGGGAUUAGGUAUGAAGUUGGCCCUCCCACGCUGUGUUGCCUCAAACUCGCCUUCAUAGACCACGCCACUGGCAAGCACACAGACAAAUCGUUUUCCAUCAGGUACCACGACAUGCCAGAUGUUAUCGACUUCCUUAUCUUACGGCAGUUCUACGACGAAGCCCGGCAGAGGAACUGGCAGGCCUCCGACAGGUUCCGCUCCAUCAUUGACGACGCCUGGUGGUUUGGGACAGUGCUGGGACAAGAACCUUACCAGCCUCAGUACCCAGACAGUCACUUCCAGUGCUACAGUGUUAAAUGGGACAAUGGUGAAAUUGAAAAGCUGAGCCCCUGGGACAUGGAACCAGUUCCUGAUAAUGUUGAUCAGCCUGAGGAAUUAGGAGGCAGUGUCUCUGUGACUCCAGAAGAGGUGGAGAGGCUCCUGUACAAACCCCAGGAAGGGGAGUGGGGGAUGAAAUCCCGGGAUGAAGCCUGUGAACGGAUUAUCAGUGGUAUUGAUCAGCUUAUGACUCUUGACAUUUCAGCACCUUUCUCUGGCCCUGUUGAUCUGUGCACAUACCCCAAAUACUGCACAGUGAUUGCUUAUCCCACAGACCUCAACACCAUCAGGACCAGGCUGGCCAACAGGUUCUACAGGAGAAUCUCAGCUUUGGUUUGGGAAGUCAGAUACAUUGAAAGCAAUGCCAGAACCUUCAAUGAACCUGGGAGUGCCAUUGCCAGAGCUGCAAAAAAGAUCACUACCCAGCUCUUAAAGUUCAUCAAUGAUCAGGACUGUACAAACAUUUUUGAGCUCUGUAGCACUACAGAUGAUGAACAAGACUGUCAUGAUGCUGAUCUGCUGGUGAAUUUAAUUUUCCAGUGUGAAGAUUCAGAACCUUUCAGGCAGCCUGUUGACUUGGAUCAAUAUCCUGAUUACAGAAACAUUAUAGACACUCCAAUGGACUUUGGUACAGUGAAAGAAACUCUGGAAGCUGGGAAUUAUGACACUCCAAUGGAACUGUGCAAGGAUAUAAGGCUAAUAUUUAGUAAUGCAAAAUCUUAUACUCCAAACAAAAAAUCAAAGAUUUACAGUAUGACCUUGAGAUUGUCAGCACUGUUUGAAGAGAAAAUAAGAAGAAUUGUUUCAGAUUUCAAAAACGGGCAGAAACAGAACGAAAAGCUCCGAAGGAACCAGAGGUACACCAGGAGAUUCAAUAAUCAGAGCUCAGUGCAGCAACCCAGCAAAAUGCUCAGAAAUUCGAAGCAGAAACCAUUGAAGUCUCAGGCAAAAGUUGAAUCUGAGCAAGAAGAUUCUUUCCCCCAACCUACCUCAAGCAGAGCCGCCUGUGUCACAAGCCAUAAACCGAACGCUGGGAGAUACACCCGGAGCUCCUCCGGAGAAUCCUCGGAUGGUGUGCACCUGGCAGCCUUUGAGAGGAAUGGCAAAGCCAGAGCCACAGCACUGACCAACUGUUCUGCCUUAUCAUCAGAAAGUGAAGGUUCAGUGGUCUCUUUAUCUACUUCCUCUUCAUCUUCAUCCUCCACAAGCAGCUCAGAGGACAGCAAAGAAUGUCCUGGGGCUGUGGUGUCCCCCCCUCUGCACAACGGGCUGUGCAGGAGGAAGGGCAGCAGUCGCAGGAUGACCCGGAAUCGAGCUGCUCAGAGAAAACAGACAGGAACAGUUCUUCAGGAGAACGGGAACACAAGGAAAACUGUCAGGAAGAAGUUGUACGUAAGUAACUCUGAAAACACUUCCGUGGUGACAUCUGACUCCCUCAGCAACAGCACUGGCAGACACAGGAAAACCCCACGAAGAAGUGCUGCUGUGGCUGCCAAUAAAUUAAGGCUGAUGAGUGACGUGGAGGAAGAGGUUUCCAGCUCUGAGAGCAUUGGAAUUGGCUGCAGGAACAGGAAGCUGCCUCACCGCAACGCCUCGGCCGCCGCCCGGAGGAUGCUGCUGGAGAGAUCCGAGGAUGACACAGGCUUGAAGUCAGAGAGUGAGAAAGAAUUAGAAGAGCAGCUCACCAAGAGGAAAACUCUUUCUCAGCCUGGUUCAUCUGCUCCACGGAGGAAAUUCGUGAGUGAAUCCGAAAAUGGGAGUUCAGAUUCCGAGCCGGACACGCAGACGUGCCAGAAAACCUGGCAAAGCAACGGCCACAAACAGUUCCGGGGCCCAGCCCGUCCUGUGUCUCCCAAAGGGAAAAGUCCCAGCCCAGACUCUUCAGAGGAGGACUCCAAAAGCCAUAAUUCCGAGGAUGGGAGCAGUCAGAAAGUUGGUGACCAAUCAACAUCUGCACACAAUAAACCUGCAGGGAGCAACUCGGAGGAUGAGGCGGAUUCCGAGUUGGAUCGGUGGGAUGGCAGGAAAGCAGCUGGCAAGCAGCUCAAUGCUUCUGGAAAAAAAGCAAAAGUCCUGAGUGAUUUAGAGGACACAGCAGAAUCUGAGACAGAAACCAGGGAGGAGUGGAAAACUUUCCCCUCAGAGAACUUGGUGCCAACCAGGAUUGCAGGGAGUUCCAAAUCCGGCCCCUGUUCCAGCUUCCAUCACUCCUCUGACACGGACUCUGAGGCUGAUUCCAACAACAGCAAUUACUGUGAAACUCCUUUGAAAGCAAGAAAGAGGAAGAGAAAAGGAAGACCAAAAAUCAUUAGAAAAGAAUCAACGAGUGAGGAGACGGGACAGAGCGGGAAAGUGCUGCGGAGCAGGACCUGCAUCAUCAACUACAAGAAGCACAUCAAGAUGUCCAAUGAGAAGAAGAACCCCCGCAGAUGUGCCACCCUGGCAGCCAACAAAAUCAAGAUCAUGAGUGAUGCCAAGGAAGAAUUAUCGAGCUCAGAAAGCGUUUGCACAGUAAAAAAGAACCGAAAGCAGCUCCCGGGCACCGCGCCCGGGGUGUGCAGGAAGAAGCUGGUGGACAGCGUGGAGGGAGACGCUUCUUUGAGGUCUGAGAAUGAGAAAGAGCAGUUUUGUGGCAGGAAAAAACCUUCCUGCCCUGAGUCAUCUGCUCCUAAAAGGAAAUAUAUCAGUGAGUCUGAGAAUGAAAAAACUGAAUCUGAGGCAGAGACUCAAAAGCAGAACCACAGGCAGGCACAUAAAUCAGUCUGUGCUGGGGCGCUGAAUAAUCUUGACUAUGACUCUUCAGAGGAGAAUUCCACCAACCACAGGGUGGAAAAUGGGAGGAGCUGGGGGGUUUCUAGGAAGUCAGCCUCAGCCCACAACCAUUGUACGAGUAACUCUGAAGAGGAGGUAGAUUCUGACUUGGCUAAACCCGAAACUAAAACUACCAGAGUAGCAGCAAAUAAAAAAUCUCGAGCUUCUUCCAAAAGAUCAAAACUGUUGGGUGGCUCCAAAGAAACAACAGAAUCUGAAACUAGGGGGAAGAAAGAGGAGAAAAGCUCGGUGUCAGAGGAUGUGGAAGCAGCUGGGACUGCAGGAAGUUCCAAAGGCAGCUUCAAUUGCUUUUCCGACUCGGACUCUGGGACUGAAAACAGCGUCUGCAGCGAUGCCGCGGAAACGAGGAAGAGGAAAAGGAAACCGAGAACCAGCAGGAAAGAAAUCACCAACCCCAACUCCCUGAAGCCUUGCAGGAGACCCCAGCAGAGGAAACGCUGGAAACCCAGCCAGGAACACGACUCGGAAGACGUGGAAUACACCAAAUACCGGCGGGCCAACCAGCGCUCCAAGAUCCGCACGCGGAACGGCGGCAGACGGACUGUGCGGUACCACGACGGCGACGACGACGGGGACUGCGACACGUAACCUUAAACAAGGAAAGCCAGCAGGCCACCUUCUUUCUGUUUGUUUGUUUGUUUUAUUAUUUUUUUUUGUUUUGUUUUGUUGGGUUUUUGUUUUUGUUUUUUUUUUAAUGGUAAUAGCACUAGAACUCCUCCGAUGGAUGCUGGCUCUUCUUCGUCCUACAUUUCAGGGAAUAUAUUUAUAUUUUUCUAUGAAAAAGUUACGAAUGUGAUUAGAUGAUGACUUUUCUCCUUUUCGUAUUUUUGACUUGCACUUGCCUGCCCAUGUAGCAGCAUUUAGCACAGAUGCCAAAAUGUGCCUCAUUAUAGGGGCAAUUUUUUUGUCUUUACUGGUAUUUUAUUACAUAUAACAAGAGUUAAAAGAUGUUAAAACACUGCAAACAGGUUAAUAGCAGUAUGUUGAGUAUUAUUGUUAUGGGUGCUGCAAUGAAAUACUACCUAGGUCAUGCAACAUUCAAGAACAGAUUUCAAACAUCUCUAAUGCUGUAUGAGAUCAUCUACAAUAGUAACAGGCUUCUAAGUAAUAGUACACACUAGAAAAACCUGGUUGGAUGCAAGCCUUGCAUCAAAAGAGGAGUGAGAAGGCUGAUAACUUCACAACUUGACUUAGUGCAGAUGUUAAAAUGUUCUGUACUUCCAUUACUGAUGCCCAGUUACCAGUGAAGAAGUGAAUUUGCCAAUUCCAGAGGCUCUUGGUGCUGGUGAAGAGGGUUCUGCUGACAGGUAGUACUUUGAUCAUUAAUGUGACUUCUAUACUGUAAACUUUUAAGAUUAUGACAUGCAGGUGAACUCUUGGGCCUAAGGGUUUUUGUGUGUUUUCUUUAUAAAAUAGAAAAACAAACAAAACAACUUUGUUCUGUUUUCUUUAUGCGUGGAAAGGUUGAGGUGGAGGAUUCUGACAUUCCAGACCUUUUUGCUACUGUUGUUCCUCCAUAUUUCAAGUGCUUGAAUGUUAGAUUUCCCACUGAUUAAACCUUUCCAGUUUCUCGCCAUUGCAGUUCAUCUCCUGUUUUCAGAAUGUUUGAGGUGGCUGUUGUUGACAGGAAAGAAUUCUUGUGUAGAAAAUAGAAAAUUCCCCCAGGAAAAACAUGCGAGUUCCUGCUUGAACAGGUAUUAACAAUGAGAACACACAGCAACUCUAAAUUCAUACAUUUUCCUUGGAGUUGUGCUGGUGGGAGCCACACAGCCCAGCUCCAGGAAAUCUCUGUCCUUCCCCACUCCAGGUUUCCUCCUCCCUCUCUGCAGGUUCCUUUUUCCCACACUUGGAAAAUUUGGCAGUUCCUGAUCUCGUUGUUCAAUAGAAGAUGUGUUAGAAUUAGAAUAUCAGAUUUAGCCUAACCCAGCUCCUUUGAACUGAAAUACAGGUUUGUGAAUUAGUUUUCCAGCAGAUUGGACUUGGUAAUAGGAUCUGGAAGGGCUUGGGGAUUAAAAAGUUUGUGCAGCUGCACAACAACAGUCAUUAAUGGCAGAACUCCCUGUACAAAUGGAAGUGGAUCAUGGAAAAGGGAGUCAGUCAGUGAGAGCCACUUCUCCAACAACCUCACUGACAUUGUGUGUGUUUACCAUCACAUCACUCUGCUUUCCAGAACAUUAUCUUGGCAUAGAGAAAUACUCUUUUUUUAUCUCAGCAUAGAGAAAUACUCUUUUUUUUUUAUCUCAGCAUAGAGAAAUACUCGGGUUUUUUUCCCCUUAUAACUUCAAGGUGAAGUUCAAAAAUAACCUAAGUUAAAUCAUUUUUGUCCCAGGAAAUUUUAUUUAGGGCAUAGUCCUUAAUGGGGCACAGCAGAGUUUUGUAAAUUCAGGAUAAAUGUUUAUCUGGAUUCAUUAUUUCGUUUCUAAAAUACGAACACAGUUGUGUUUAGUGAUGAAGUUUCAAGGUGGUUUUGUGUAUCUUGCCUUUUAGGGGCAAACUUUGUUAAAACAAGAGUUAAGUCCACUGAUAUUUUUAUAUUUUCCAUAAACUGCAUUGCUCAGCAGCUGCUUAGGAUCAGUGUCCUGUGGAGUGCAACCUCCAACGUGGGAAUAAGUACUGGUUCAGGAGCUCUGAAGUGAAUGGCAGAGUUUUUAUUAAUUUUCAGUUUAAACAGCUGAAACUGGGCUGGUAGGUUUGUAUUUCUAGUUCAGGCUUAGAUUUACUAAGCUGGUUUUCUUUCUCACCCUUUCUCAGAUGCUGUAUCCUGUCAUCCUGCACUCACACAUGUUCCUGGUGAUCCCUGAAAGCUUUGGGAGAAGGUUCUCUCCUCAGGAUUUGUAUAUCCCAGAGGGAAUCACUGGCUUAGGGACCCUAACACUUUAUUUUCCGAGCAAAGCACAUGCUGCUUUUAUUUCCUAAUUUUAUACACACAGACAGGUUCCAAAGAGCCAGUGGGAAGGGAAAUGGUUAAACUGGAAAGGGAUUUUUGACCCUUUGACCUUCUAAGAGUUUAUUUAUUUUUAAUUUAUUUAAAUGAGCAUGCUGACUCUUGCAGAACUGGCAGUUCUUCACCUUCCUGGUUGUUUUAGUCAGCAUUCUUGGUUUGGUCCAGCUGUACUCAGGGAAGUAAAGCAAUGUAAAAGUAGGAUCUUUAUUUAAUAUAACUUUGGAGGGUGUUUUUGUUUGUUUUAAAGCAGGACCUGAAUCUGUGAUAGUGAACAGGCAGCAUGAACAGAGGGAAGCAGUAAGAAAGUGCAGGACAGAAUCAUAAAGGAAUCAAAUUCUUUAGUAUUGAAGACUUUUAUGAUGUACAUGUUAUUAGUGGACCAAAGUAAAGCUGUUCAUACACCUGU